CAUUCUAGAAAGACACUUUCUUUAAUGUUGUUGUUGGUAAUUUCAAGGCAAAUCUACUAACCCCCUCCUGCCUUUUUGUGUGGGGGGUUUUGUUUUGGCUUUUUACCAUUUUUUAUAUUACUCCAACAUUUUCACUGAUUCAAAAGUGUACCUUUUUCUAGGGUUUAGGGUUCUUAUAAUACUUAUUCCCCCCCUUUUCAAACCUCACAACACCAAUCCUCAAUUCCUUUGACCAAUCAAUGAAUCCUAGGUUCUUCAAUUCAAAAUUGACCUAUUGAAUUUUGCUUCGAUUUUCAGUAUCUACUGUUAAAAAUGUCAUCUUGUUUGAGUGGAGGUGGGAGGGCUUACAGAUUAGACCUUGACCUGAUUAAAUCCCCUUCAACUUCUUGGACUUCAUAUUCAUCUUCUCCAUCUUCAACUCUCUCCGAAUCGAACAGCUCCCCGAUAGCAAUCUCGACUCGAAAAGCCCGAACCAGACGAAAAAGGCCCAACCAAACCUACAAUGAAGCUGCAGCCAUUCUUUCCACAGCCCACCCCAAGAUUUUCCCAACCAAACACCUCACUAAGCCCUGCAAAUUCACCAAAAACCCGCAAAGCCCGUUUCUAUACGAGCCCGCGGACUUGUUCAUGCCUUUCCAAGCAAUAAAUAACCCGGGGUACUUGUUGCAGUGCCCUCCGGUAUUAGAAAGACCCAAUUUCCCUAUCGAGCCGAAAGUGUCGAGUCCGUUCGCAAAGCCGUGCCAAAUUUCCUCUGAAAUUUGCGACGACUUUCAAGAAGAUUUCGAUGCGGAGUCGAUGCUGGAUGAGGAAAUCGAGGAAGGUAUUGAUAGUAUAAUGGGGAAUUUGAGCAUGGAAAACGGGGAUUCGAAUGGAUAUACCGAUACGCAAACGGACACUUGUUGUUACGGCUAUCCGGUGGGCCUAGGUUUCGAUUUCGGACACGGAGUGAGAAGGGAAAUAAAGGCGAUGAGGAAUGUAGAUGAAGGGGAUUGGUGGAGGUUUCCUAGCGUAAAUGUUGGCGGCGAUGCUACUGAAAAGAUUCCUUCGAAAGUUCCGUUGACGGAGAAGAAGAAGAAAAACAAGAAUCCGGAGAAUUCGGUGGGCAAAGAGAAUGCGGUUUCUAGCGAGGAAUCUGUUCCGCAACCAAGUGCAGGGUUGCUUCUGAAACUCAACUACGACAGCGUUUUGAACGCAUGGUCCGAUAAGGGUUCGCCGUUUUCCGGCGAAUCUCCGGGAGAAAAAUCCGCCGGGAAAGAUGUCCAAGCUCGGUUGGCGCAGAUAGAAUUAUUCCCUGAUGACGUGGCAUCGAGGGGUGCUAUAGUGCUACGCUACAAGGAAAAGCGGCGUACGCGUCUCUUCUCCAAGAAGAUCAGGUACCAAGUCAGAAAAGUCAAAGCUGAUCAACGCCCCAGAAUGAAGAUUUGUGAGGACCCCGAAUUCACCCGAUGACGAGCAGUUAGGAUGAUCGAAAAACCACAGCAAUUUAUUUAUUUAUUUAUUCUUCUUCUCUUACAAUAGAUAUCAAAUUCCCAGGAAUGAAGACUAGUUAGUUGUUGACUAGAAAUAGCAACGAAUACUUUUUUUUUUUGCUCUACUUUACUUAUAUUCAUUAAUCUUUUUGUAGUAUCCUUUUUCAGUUUAAUUCAGGUUAUAUAUUUUUUUAUAUUCGAUAAAUGAUGUCUUUUAAUUUAUAUAUAUUUGUUACUUUCUUGUCC